GGAGUAGCGCGAGCGCUGACGUUCCUCCAGAGGCCUCAGAAGGUCACGGCUCUACAGGGCAGAGAUGCGGUUCUAGAAUGUUCUGCCUCCGGCUAUCCCACCCCAUCCUUCUACUGGAUGAGAGGAGACGAGCUGAUCCAGAGCAGAUCAAAGAAAUACUCUCUCCUGAGCGCCAGCAACCUUCUGAUCAGCAGCGUCACAGACGACGACUCGGGAACGUACAGCUGCGUCGCUCACAACAAACAGCAGAACAUCUCCGCGUCCUGCCAGCUCUCCGUGCUCGUGCCGCCUCAGUUCCUCAGCUACCCGUCGAACACGUACGCGUAUGAAAGCACGGACAUCGAGAUGGAGUGUGCCGUGGCGGGAAACCCGCAGCCCACCGUCCGCUGGGUGAAGAACGGAGAGGCCGUCAUUCCCAGCGACUACUUCCAGAUCGUGACACACACUGAGAUUCUGUCACUGGACUGA